AUGGGCGACGACUUUCCAGUUGGCGAAGCGCAGGGUAGCCUGAAGGCUCCUAUUGCAGAAGGCGCCGAACUUCCGACAAAUGGAAAAGUCUACGAGUUUUUACGAUCAAUGAUCAAUCGAUUAGUCGAUGAAUGGAUGCCUGGCGUGUGUCAGACGCUGAUUGAGGAGAGGGAAUACAUCGAGUUGUGCUAUCGAGCGAGAGAGGCGUUUUGGGCGGAUAAAGUUUGGUUGGAGAUCGAGCCACCAAUCACAAUUUGUGGCGACAUCCAUGGACAGUAUGAGGAUUUAUUGGCAAUGCUCAGCAUGUUCAGUUUUCCACCACAUUUUCCACUCGACAAAGAUUCGAAAGUUUCGUCACCUCCUCAGAGAUACCUCUUCCUGGGUGAUUAUGUGGAUCGUGGUCCCUUCUCCAUCGAAACAAUGUCCCUUCUGUUUGCACUUCGCCUACUGUACCCUGACAAAUUCUAUCUGCUACGCGGUAACCAUGAAUGUCGUGCCGUCAACACACAAUACGGAUUCUAUUUCGAAUGCAACAAAAGAUUCUCCAUCAAUUUGUACGAGGCAUUUCAGUACACUUUUAACUGUAUGCCUAUUUGUGCUAGAGUCGGAAAACGAAUUCUGUGUAUGCAUGGAGGAAUCUCAGCAGACCUAUUGAACGUGGAAGACCUAGAAGUGAUACCUCGUCCAUUCGAGAUCGCCGAUCAGGGAGUGCCGUCCGAUUUGUGUUGGUCCGAUCCGACGGAACUCAUCAAAGGGGAGGCGCUGGACGAUUUUUUGGCACGCCACGAACUGGAGAUGAUUGUUCGUGCGCAUCAAGUCGUCAUGGAUGGAUAUGAAUUUUUUGGUGACAGAAAGUUGGUCACAAUUUUCUCGGCACCAAGUUAUUGUGGUCAUUUUGAUAAUUUCGGAGCUGUGAUGCAUGUCAAUGAGAAACUAAACAAGGUCAUGACCAAUCGUGAGGCAGCGGCUAAGGCGGACAAGAUAAAAAGGAGCGAAGAAGAGUGA